GGAGGACGGUGCGUUGAGGUGCUCAGUUGGAUAGUGACGCGCUGCUCCGUGGGAGGAAGGCUGACGGACGAUGCAUCAUCAGUAUUCGCCACCAGAUGUGGAAACCUAAUCAGCCCUUUACGAUACACUUGCAAACGUAUGCUUUUUUUCAUGCGUUGUGACGAUAAAUAAUAAACAUCGACUGCAGCUAGGCGCGCAAGAGCGGCGCAGAAAUGAGGCACUCAUAGAACAGUGGGGGCGUAGCCUGUGAGCCAAUGUCCGCGCAGCGGGGCUUCUCCACCUUCCUCUGCCUCCCCUUCUUCUUCCUCCUCCAGCUCGGAAUUGGUCAUUGACGCCACAGUCUCGCGGGCACCUCGUCGGUUCUCCAGCUCCAGCGCCGGGUGGGAGGACGAGACUCGAAUUCGGAGCCAUGCGCACGGCGACGUUUCUGCGUGGGUCGGCGCAGUGACAUCCAGCCGCGGGGGAUGGAACACUUGUCAUCACAUUCCUGCAGACGCAACGGACGGUGAUCUAGCAGGGGAGGCUGCAGUGUGGACACAACACCAUCGUAUAUACGCAGCGUCUGAUCCGAGGGAGAUUGCUUCUUGUUACCAGAGGUGUCGCCUUGCGUUUCAACCUCAACAAUGGGGGAGCAGCCCAUUUACAGCACGCGGGCCCACGUCUUCCAAAUUGAUCCCAACACCAAGAAGAACUGGCUGCCCACCAGCAAGCAUGCCGUUACCGUGUCCUACUUCUACGACAGCACGCGCAAUGUCUACCGAAUCAUCAGCCUGGAUGGCACCAAGGCAAUAAUUAACAGCACCAUCAGUCCCAACAUGACGUUCACAAAGACCUCACAGAAGUUUGGCCAGUGGGCGGACAGUCGAGCUAACACGGUCUACGGCCUGGGAUUCUCCACCGAACAUCAUCUGUCCAAGUUUGCAGAGAAGUUUGCAGAGUAUAAAGAAGCAGCGCGGCUUGCUAAAGAGAAAAGUCAAGAGAAGAUGGAAAUGGCCACCUCGCCCUCUCAGGAGUCUCCGGCUGGGGAGCUGUCAUCACCAUUGACCCCUGUGACUCCGCCCAUGGAAAACAUCAACGGUACAGAUGAAAUCUGUGACACGACCCCCAACUCGGACUCCAGACCAGAACCAUCACAAAAUGCGCUGGCCUUCGCUCAUAGGGAGCAGUUUAAGACUUGUCGGGUCUGCUCUUUCUGAUAGGGCCGUCAUUACAUGGCUGAAUACUGCUGGACAGAAAUACAUUAAAUUUUCAAGUAAAAAAAAAAAAAAAGAGAUGAGGCUAAAAGCUGAUAAAUAGCAUGCCAUGACUCCUGGAUGUGCUGAUAUUUGGAUGCAUUGAUUGAACUUAUCGCUCUUGGACCAAUAUGACUCCAAAGUGGGUCUCAGGAAAUUUUGGGGACUUGUUGAUAAACUUGUAUUUCUUCGUAUGUUAGCCAACUUCAAUGCAUUGUUUUUGUACGCAACCGCAAUCUAAUGACGUGUGUAUUUGACGGUGCAUGCUGUUUUAUUGUUCCUCUUAGUAGUGGCUUAUGUGACUUGUGACAGUGCUAAUCUGAUCCAGUUGCAAUGUUGUGAGAUCAAAUAUCAAAUAUUCGAGUGGUGUGCACUCAUGAGGUUUAUGUCCAAAAAGGAGAAUUGUUUUAUAAGACUUAUGCAACAUAAGGUGUGCAGUGGGUGGAUGGAAAAAGACAGACCGCUCUCUCUCUCUCUCUCUCUCUCUCUCUCUCUCUCUCUCUCUCUCUCUCUCUCUCUCUCUCUCUCUCGCUCCCUCUCUCACACACACACACACACACACACACACACACACACACACACACACACACACACACACACACACACACAUACUGGAAACAAUGACAAUAAAUUUAAGCUUCCAAAAUUGAGCUGCUCUGUUCUGAGGAAUGUAUCAUUUGCUGUCACCUGUCUGUAAUCAUGUACCAAUCUUUUCAGUUUUCCUCAGUCUUCGAAUUAAAGGCAUCAAUCUUGUAAUGUAUUAUCAUUCAAUAGUUUCAAAUGAAAGUACAAGUUGGAGGGCUUUGGUGGGGAUUUAAUCAUAUGCUUCCAAAUGGGUUUAAAAUCUUAAAGUGUGAACGCUUCGGAAUUCCCAGUAUUCCAUCAUGAAUUCUUUAUGGCUCCAGAGAAGCUGUGUGCCGUGAGGGCGGCUUGUAGUGAGGUGUGUGUGUGUGCGUGGGAGACAGGCUCCACUCAGGAACUCGCCAUUGCAGGCAUGGACAUAACAAGCAAACCUCUGUCUUUUCUCAUUUUCGAGACAUACAGUAUGCAAAGAGCGUUGCUGCAGUAUUUUACCUUUGUCUCUUACAAUGUAAUGUGCUGCACUGAAAAAAAAAAUCUGAAUUUAUAUUUUAAACAAGUAUUGACGUUGGUUGCAUGCAUUCAAAUUAUGUUUCAUUAGCAUGAAUAUGAUUUCAUUUAGUAAAAUAUUCACAUUUGUGAAGUGUGAUUUUACCAGUUUCGAUUAUUUGAUUUUUUUUAUGCAAAUACAUUUUCUAAAUUGUGUCAGAAACAUUUUACAUGGUGGCCCAGCAACCCGUUACGGAGGCUAGACGAUAUACUUUAUUACUGUGUGGUGUGCUUUAAUGUAGAUGACAAAGGAAACACAACUUUCAU